AUGUUAGAAUGUUGUAACUGCUGGGUAAAUAAAUAUGAUGGGCCAGUGUCGUAUGAAUGUCCCCCCGGAGAAGAACUCGCUCAAAUAUUGAGUGAACAUUCUAAUCACUACGAGGACAGACUAUGGGAUUUCCAGUGCCGCAACACGGGGGGUGCAAUAGCCGGUAUCAAGAGUUUCCAUAACAACUAUUAUGAGGAUAGAGUGUUCGACAUCAAAUGCUGUGAUGUGAUCAAACGUACGUUUCAGUAG